AUGCAGUCGCGACCGGAGUCUCCAGGGCAAGGACCUGCAAGAUCUCCCUCCCCGACCCCAGCCAAUCCGCCGACAUCCGACUAUCCCUUGCAGGAGAUCAAGACGCAUUACAAGGACGAUCAAGCACGCGACAGCGAUGAACUAAGCCGCGACUUAGAAUCGGGUGACGCGCCGCUCCUGCCCUCGGAUCAACCUGGCAUGGAGGACGUGAAGACGCGCGAGAAGUUCGUGCAAGAUCCGCCAUUUUCUUGUACGCCGACGGGAUUUUGUCGGUGGCUGCGCGGGCCGAAGCCGCCGCAUGUGUAUCAUAUUCAUCCUUGGUUUCCUCAAUUGCAGGCUGCGCCGGCGCGUCUGAUUGAUGAGAGAUUUCCCCGUAGGAGUUCGAAGAUUGCCCUGCUUUUUGGUGGCUUGGUCUUUUGGAUUGUUGUGUUCUUCUUGUGGUUGAAAGUUUCUGUCGCGGGCCAAGAUGUGCCGGGGUAUGGGCGGCCGGUUAAGCUUUCGUGUCACCAUCGAUUAUGGAGUAAUGGCACGAAUUGCGGACUAAAUGGUGAUCUUUGUCGUCCGUUCGAGGAUCAGUCCUUCGCUUUCCAAUGUCCGUCUGGCUGUGCGGCGGCGAUUCUUUUGGAGCCAUAUAUUGUUGGUGAUCAAGAACUCAACUAUCGCCCGUUAGUCGUGGGUGGUGGACCAUCGCAGCAAGACGGUCAGACUAGUGGUCUUUACCGUGGUGAUUCGUCAAUUUGCGCAUCGGCAUUGCAUGCGGGUCUCAUUGAUGAUGCAACGGGUGGAUGUGGCAUUCUGGAUCGCACGGGCGAGCAGAAGAACUUCCAAUCCGUCUCACAGAAUGGCAUCGAAAGUAUAGAGUUCCUCUCGAGCUUCCCGAUGUCGCUCCAACUCAGUAAGGACGCGACAUCCCCAGGCUCAGACGAGGCAAAGCCGAUCAAGUGCUCCGAUGCGCGCUGGUCGCUAUUCACAUUCACCUUGAUAUAUACCAUCUUGCUCUCAUUGGUUGUGACAUCGGCACCGGCGUAUUAUAGCAUGAUGUACUUCAUCGUCUGGUUCCAGGUGGCCAUGGCAUCCGAUCCACCCUCCAUGGGAAGCCUCUAUGACCUUGUCUCUAUAGCGCUGGGCCGCUUCCUUCCCGGCGCAUUUGUGGGGUUCGCGCUGUAUUAUUUCUGCGUUCGACACACGCUUAGAGAUCUGGAUGCGCACUGGGACAAGACUGUCCUGUGGCUGGGUGGCUGCUGGGUCGGCGCCCUGAACACAGACACUUUCGACCGCAUCCCUAUCUCCCGCCUCACGCCCCACGAUAUACAACAGCAGCCCGGUGCUCUGACAGCUCUUAUCAUCGUAGUCGGGACCCUUAUUGUGAUCGCUUUUGGUCAAGCACACUGCUUCCGUCGGGAGGGCCGGUUCUUCCCCACAAUAAGCAUCUACGGUGUCCUUGUUGCAGUCGUUCUCAUCCUUGUCGCCGUCCCGCACAUGAACCUACGCAUCCACCACUAUAUCCUGUCGCUCCUUUUCCUACCAGGAACAACCUUGCAGACGCGACCCAGCCUCCUCUACUCAGGCAUCCUCGUGGGUCUUUUCAUCAACGGCAUCGCCCGCUGGGGCUUUGACUCUAUACUCCAGACCCCUGGCGCCCUCCUUGAUGGUGCCAAACUCGGCACCGUUCCCCCAAAGAUAUAUCCCCCUUCUUUGACGGACACCGACAACCUCGUCUUUUCCUUCCCAGACCUCGAACCCCACGCCGACGGUCUCAGCGUCAUGGUCAACGAUGUCGUGCGAUAUCAGGCCUUCCGGCCUAAAGACGGCCAGCAUCUGCCUGAUUUCACUUGGUCCCGUACAUAUGACGACGAGUUGGAGUAUUUCCGGUUUGGCCUCGUACAUACUAAUGCUUUGGGUGGGCUUUGGUACGAAGACUUUUCGUUGCCCGCCGUUUGGGGCGUUGAUGGAAAUUUUGUUUUCCCUGAUCCUGAGAUUCCUAAUCCUGAGGGUUCCGAAGCCGGUUCCGAGUCCGCAUAG